UACGCCUCAGAAAUUUCUUUCCAAAGAUCUCGUAAACCUUAAAAACACCAAGAAAUCUUGUUCUUCUCUCUUGAAAGGAAGAUGAUGAGCCGUGGUGCAACAAGGGUUGCCCGGUCGGUGAUCGGCCACAUGGGGCCGCGUUAUUUUUCCGGUGCAGCCAUGGGUCCGCACGACACCAGCUUAGGGAAACUUUUUGCAUGUGGAACCACGGGUUUCUUGCAUGGCAAUCCAGCUAAGCCGUCGGAGAACGUGAUGGUGGCGUGGUUUGGGUAUGGAGGAAUUGGUUCACGCCAGGCGAGCACGUUGGCUUUGGGUGAUAAGAAGGUGGAGGAUGAGGAAGAGGUGAAGGCGGUGAAAAGUGGUGCAGCUGGUGGUGCCACCACCACGGCAGGUGACGGUGGAAAUCGGAAUAAGGUGGUUGUGAGUUACUGGGGUGUUGAACCACCUAAAGUUACCAAAGAAGAUGGUUCUGAGUGGAGCUGGAAUUGCUUUAGGCCCUGGGAGACCUACAAGGCAGACCUGACAAUAGAUCUGGAGAAAAAACAUGUGCCAGUGACAUUCUUGGACAAGUUUGCACUUUGGACCGUCAAGAGCCUUAGGUGGCCUACCGAUUUAUUCUUUCAGAGGAGGUAUGGAUGUCGAGCAAUGAUGUUGGAGACUGUGGCAGCAGUCCCCGGCAUGGUUGGAGGGAUGCUGCUUCACUGCAAGUCAUUGAGGCGAUUUGAACAUAGUGGAGGCUGGAUCAAGGCUCUACUUGAAGAAGCCGAGAAUGAAAGGAUGCACCUCAUGACCUUCAUGGAGGUUUCAAAGCCAAGAUGGUACGAACGUGCACUCGUUUUCGCGGUCCAGGGAGUUUUCUUCAAUGCAUACUUUUUGACAUACAUUCUCUCACCCAAAUUGGCUCAUCGCAUCGUGGGGUACUUGGAAGAGGAAGCAAUUCAUUCCUAUACUGAAUUCCUCAAGGAAUUGGAUAAGGGCACCAUUGAAAAUGUACCUGCGCCUGCUAUUGCUAUUGAUUACUGGCGCAUGCCUCCUGACUCGACUUUGCGCGAUGUUGUUAUGGUUGUCAGGGCUGAUGAGGCUCAUCACCGCGAUGUUAACCACUUUGCAUCGGACAUUCAUUAUCAAGGACAUGAGCUGAGGAAGGCUCCAGCACCACUUGGUUAUCACUGAAGGAAGAGCAGGGUGAUGCCCUGCUCACAAUUUCAAAAUGUUUGGAAAACUACAGAGGCUCAGUAUGUUUCCAAACAAUUAACAUCAAUUUCUGCUGCUUCCGCCGGUAAUUGUAUCUGGUAAGAGAACUGGAAGGAAGCUCGCCGGCAAUAUAUGUCACUUUUCAAGGCACAGAAGAUUUGCAAAAUUGGCAGACUUUUUCCACAAGGAAGAUUCUUGAAUGUGAGGUUGUUUGACCAAUUUGUGCACAAAUUUAGGAAGAAAACUUGAGCACGUUAUAUGGAAUUUCAAUAGGAUUAUCAUUAAAAAAAAUGUUGCAAAGAACUGUUCAAGCUUCCUGAUAAGUUCUGAGGGGAGACAAAGUUGACGACUGGACAGAAUAGUUCUGUCUUACAUCUAUCAGAUAACUCGUCUCUAUUAACCUGAGCCUAAACCAUGAGGAUCUUGCAUGACACACUUGACAUAUUGGAAUCUUGCUUGUUGAUAAAGAUCAGGGGCUUGGUCAAGUCAUGCAGACUGGUUUUUUUGCAAUAUACCAAGGGAAGUGAAAGGAUGUUAUAACGUCCUGUCUUGGCAUAUGUGAAUCUUGUUUGGUGAUGCAUAUUAGGAGCUUGAUUUCUGGGGCUACGUUUGGAUUUGCAAUUUUUUUUUUAGUAUAAACUGUUUUUGUCUUUGUGGGACACAAAUACCAUGAACUAAUAACAAGUUAGUGCACCGUCUUUGUUUCGCAUGUGCUCCUUUUAUUUAGUUAAUAGAGAUCUUAAUCAUAUUAAUAACAGGAUUAGCGUUUAUGCAUUAGAUAUUAUUCGCAUGAGGAAUUUUGGAUUUCUCAGUGCUUCAAAGUCCUCUCAAGUCAUUACUUGAAAUUGUAAGGGGUUUGGAUAUCUAUAAAAACAAAUAUUAUUUCAAAAAAAAAAAAAAA